CAACCAAUCGAUUAACAGUCGAUCGCUCGAUCAUCGAAUUACGAAAAUCCAUAUAUACACUUCUACUCGCCAUUUCAGAUUUCCGUUUCCACGUUAAUCAAUAGUUCGUAUUUGGACUCAAAUGUUGCGAAAGUUUGGUAAAAGAGCGAGCUGCAUUUGGUCAAGGAUCAGACUCCGAGUGCUCGUAUGGAGGACCGUAUCGCGUAAAGUGGUGAUCGGGAGAUUCAAGAAGAAAAAUCCUACCAAAAAAGAUCGAAAUGGUGAUCAAAUUGCUCCAAAUCGUAUACGGGUUGCCUCUUUUAAUGUUGCUAUGUUCUCCCUUGCACCCACGAUUGCUAAAUCGGAUGGAAAGUGGAUCGACGGUGUUCGUGGACACGAAGGUAAUGGUGGACCAAUUAAGAGCAUAUUAAAGCCGUCUCCUUUGCGUUCUACUACAGUAAUUGGGAAUGAACAUCUUCCCAAGAAAGUCUCGAUAAAUCUUCCGGAAAACGAGAUAUCGAUGGCGCAAAAUCGGGUCCUAAGAAGCCCGAUUUAUCUCCCAAUGAUGAAUUGGAUGGAUGAUGGGAAUAGAAGCAUUCUUGAUGUGCUUAAAGAAGUCGAUGCCGAUAUACUGGCUUUGCAGGACGUGAAGGCCGAAGAGGAGAAAGGAAUGAAACCGUUAUCGGAUUUGGCUUUCGGUCUCGGGAUGAAUUACGUUUUUGCGGAAAGUUGGGCUCCCGAAUAUGGGAACGCCAUUUUGUCGAAAUGGCCGAUUAAAAGGUCGAAGGUUCAAAAAAUUUACGAUGAGCAAGAUUUCAGGAACGUACUCAAGGCGACAAUUGAUGUCCCACGGACUGGCCAACUCAAUUUCUAUUGCACACAACUCGACCACCUUGACGAGGAAUGGAGGAUGAAACAGAUCAAUGCCAUUAUCAAAUCAAGCGAUCAACCACACGUUUUGGCCGGUGGCAUCAAUUCGCUCAGUGGAUCGGACUAUUCAACCGAGAGAUGGAACAACAUCGUCAAGUAUUACGAAGAAUUGGGAAAACCGACACCAAGAAUAGACGUGAUGAAUUUUCUACACGAAAACGACUACAUUGAUGCCAAGCAUUUUGCGGGCGACUGUGAGCCAGCUGUGAUCAUUAGCAAAGGGCAAAGUGUACAAGGAACAUGCAAGUAUGGUACACGAGUGGAUUACGUAUUGGCAUCGAGGGAAUUGGAAUACACAUUUGUGCCAGGAUCGUACUCGGUAGUAUCCUCAAAAGGCACCUCCGAUCACCAUAUCGUUAAGGUCGAUCUGAAGGGUGGUGCUCGUGAGGUGAAGCGGACAAAAAGAAUCAAAAAAAGUAUCGUCAAACUAACAUGUAAGUAUUGUAUCGAUCUAUGCAAGGAUAUAUAAGUCGUGUGAAAGUAUGAUGUCCGAUCCAAAAACGGUUACAAAAUGUUUGGACCGACAUAAUUGAUCGGUAGUCGAUGAAGCUAACUCAACCGAUUAUGAGACAUAACUGGCUAUGACAAGAACAUG